AGAAACUUAGUGUCGCGUGGAGGGAAGAGAAAGGUUUGCAAGAAUUCUACCAUCGACUUUGGCAUUUACCUUCAACCAAGUUGCUAAUGCUAACAGGAAGUCGAUCACUGAAACACACUUUUUUUUCCCACCAUACGGUUAACUUUCUAAAAAAAAAAGAGAAAAAAAAAAGUGUUUCCAAAAGUUGACUGUUGCUUGACCGCGCUAUCCCAGGAUGCCUUGCUCCAAAGCAACAACUCAUUCUACGCGGGAUCUAGAUAGCAAGAUUUAUAGCCGUUAAGUGAUCGCUGUUGUAGAUUAGUAUUCAAUGGAUUCUAUGUGAUGGCUGCAGCUGUUCUUUAUUGACAGCUAUAUGAACACACGGCUGUUUUGAUGAGGAGUCUAACGCCACAAUCAGCUGAGCUCAUCAACUUGAAAUGUUUCUUUAAAUAAGAGUGAACCAAUAUAUUUCCGUUUCAAACUAACUCGUUCAACUUGUGGGAUUAACUUCAACAAACUAGUGCCAUGAGAUUGUCAUUAAAGCGUUCAUUAACGUGGGUCGUCGCUCUGGUUCUUCUUCAACUAGUGGUCUACUACUGGUCACUGAAACGGCCCAGAAGGCUGCCACCGAAACUCACCCUACCGAGGUAUACACAAACUCACCCAUCCAAUGAAGGCACGUGUUCUUUCAAGACAUGUCCGGCAGUAAAGGAAGGCUACCUAAAUGUGCACAUUGUACCGCAUAGUCAUACUGAUGUCGGAUGGCUGAAAACUGUUGACCAGUACUACACCGGAGAAAUCCCAGCAGAUAUAGGUCAGGAACUGGGCUGUGUCCGCUGUACCCUGGAGUCCACCAUUCGAGAACUGGAGAAAAAUAAAGACAGGCGAUUUGUCUUUAUUGAGAUGAAAUAUUUCUCCCGGUAUUGGAAUGAAAUCAAGGACAGUGAAAGGGAGCUCAUCCGGACUUUGAUAAGAGAAAGACGUCUAGAGCUGGUGGGCGGAGGAUGGGUGAUGAGUGAUGCUGGGGUCACCAUGUACAAUGACAUCAUUGACCAGCACACCCUGGGCUUUGACUUCAUCGCCGACACUUUUGGCCCCUGCGCUCAGACUCGGACUGGCUGGCACGUAGAUCAGUUUGGUCACUCCCGGGAGCACGCGUCCAUCUUUGCUCAGAUGGGGUUCGAUUCUUUGUUUGUUAGUCGCAUAGAUUUUGAAGAUCUGGCGGAGAGAAAGAGAACCAAGAACAUGGAGUUUGUCUGGUACACUAGCCCCCUGAACUUAAGGAACAGAUCCUCGCUGUUUACACAAGUCACUUAUGACGGGUACUACGCUCCGAAUGGCUAUGUCUUCGACAGCGGGUCCUCCUCAUCACUUAAGGUGUCAGAGCUGGACGCUGUCCACUUUCUCAAAAUAAUCAAGCUACGGGCCCAGAGCUAUAAAAGCAAACACAUCCUUGUCCCAAUGGGCUCGGAUUUCGGAUACAAAAACGCAGAGACUUGGUUCCAAUAUCUUGAUCCAUUAAUCAAGGCAGCCAAUGAAAUAGGCAGUCCAGGUUUUCAAAUGAACUUCCUGUACUCUACCCCAUCAUGCUAUACGUUUUACGUCAACAAAGAGAAGUUAACUUACGAGGUGAAGAAAGAUGAUUUUCUCCCUUACUCAGUUCCCCCAUCAGCUUUUUGGACAGGCUAUUAUACGACCAGGGGCGGAUUCAAGAAGUUUAUCAAGCUGGCUGGUCAAAUUUUGCAGGCAUGUAAACAGAUUUCAAUCUUCAUGGAUUUAACAGAUUCUUUCUACCAUGUCAAUGCACUGCGAGACGCUAUGGGAAUAAUGCAACACCAUGACGCCGUCACUGGCACACAGAAGAAGCAUGUUUUGAAAGAUUACUGUCAGUUGCUAAGCAACGGUACUCACGAAUGCCAGUAUGUACUAUCUCAAGCGUACAGAAAAUUCUGGGGUGUAUCUGAUACAGACGUGCCAUACGUUACCUCACAGUUUUGUCCAGAUCUUAAUAUUAGCUCAUGUCAUGUGACCGAAGGGCGGAGUCAGUUUCUUGUAACUCUGUAUAACACAUUGUCAUGGCCAGUCAGUAUUGAUGUCCGGUUCCCUGUCCAGUUUAAGCAGAUGACGGUUACUAACUGGAAUGGAGAUGAUGUCCCUUAUCAGAUAGUCCCAGUCCAUGAACAUAUUCAAAGGAUUCCAGAGAGAGUUUCCAAUGUGGACUCAGAGCUGGUCAUGUUGACCACAUUGCCACCUAUGUCUAUCUCGACUUUUGUGGUCAAACCACAUGAAGAUGAGGUGGCCACUGUCCAGUAUGAAGACAACUAUGGACUUAAUAAACAUCUUGUCAUAGAAAACGAGCAUUUGUCCUUGACAUUUGACACCAGCAGCGGUCUGCUCGUGAGAAUGACUAACAAAGACAGCGCACUGACUGAGUCUAUCUCCCAGGAUUUCAACUACUACGAGGCCCAACAAGACAUUCACAGAUUCUCAGGGGCGUACGUCUUUAUCCCCAAGCACCCUGCCACCAUCAGGGUCUCCGGAGAGAAGAAAGUGAACCUACGUCUUGUCAAGGGCCCACUCGUUCAAGAAAUACACCAGACAUUCUCACCUUGGGUGUCCCAGGUGAUCCGACUGUACAAGGGAUCCAAGCAUGCUGAGUUUCAGUGGACAGUUGGACCUAUAGAUGACAGCGACAGACAAGGGAAAGAAGUGAUAUCUAUUUUCACUACUAGCAUCGUCAACAGUGACACCUUCUAUACGGACUCCAACGGGAGAGAACUCAUGGAAAGAGUGAAAGACGUCCGAGAUACUUGGAACUACCAGCCCAAGGACCACGUCUCAGGGAACUACUAUCCGGUCACAAGUAGGAUCAUCAUCAGGGACCCAGAGAAGAACGUCCAGUUCACCGUGUUACCUGACAGGCCACAGGGAGGUUCGAGUCUUGGGUCAGGGGUCGUGGAGCUGAUGGUCCAUCGUAAACUUUUGAAUGACGACGGUCUUGGCGUGGGCGAGGCUUUGAAUGACGUAGGCAGUGACAAGGAAGGUGUUAUCUAUACAGGGAAACACUAUGUGGUCCUUGAUACUAUAGACAGGUCCGCCUCCCUGGUCAAGCGCCUGGCACUCCAGACGCACCUGGCACCAACUGUCAUGUUUACUUCUGUUGACCCUGAACUUGAUGUUUGGAAGUUUAUGAAGCAGGAGCAAUUUUUGACCAAUCAGCUUCCAGACAAUGUUCAAGUGCUGACACUGGACAGAAUCUCAGCCAAUGAGACGAGCCUUCUCCUGUUGCGCCUAGAGCAUGUAUUUGAAGAGAAGGAACAUCCUUUGUUGUCACUUCCGGUAGAGGUUUCGCUGGAGAAUCUAUUCAAACCUUUUGACAUCGUGUCAGCAGUUGAAACGUCUUUGGGGGGAAAUUUUCUACCAAGCAAAUUGAAACGUUUACAGUGGAAGGCCUUCAAUGACUUGACUUCAGAAAGUAUUAGUUCACCAGACUACAGACCAAAUAUGUCUCCACCAUUUCUUGUUACACUUAGACCCAUGGAAAUAAGAACAUUCCAUGUACAGAUCAUUAGAAAUGACUAGAAGUGUGUCCAUAUACACUUUGCAUGUGGUAGAAUCCAUGGUUACUUCAAGUGUAUCUUUAUUACACAGAAUGUAUCAACAGAAUCUCUUUCUAAAAUUACCAUAAUAUGUAAUUGUUGACUUAAUUGUUAUCCUUUUCUAUUUAUAGCUUUGUUUAUGAAAUUCCAUAAAUUAUUUAUACUUUUAUGUUAUUGAUUUAUAUUGGGAUCAGUCAUUACAGGAUGGGGUGAAAUAAAAUAGGCUAGAGAGAAAGAAAGAUGGAAAGACAUCAACUAGAAAUAAGUUAGCCCUGCACCAGAAGAAUCCAUACAAAGAAGCCUUAUACUGUUUGAAUAGUCGAAUUAUUUGAAGCUUGUUAAAUGACUACCCAGUGAUGUGGUAUGUGUCUAGACCCGGGGUCGGCAACCUGCGGCUCGCGAGCCAAAUGCGGCUCUUUAGUUCUAUGCGCAAAUAUUAUUUAUUUUAUCGAAAAUAUUUUUUUGUUAAGUUAUGAAUCGUUUAACGAAGAUUAGGCACUGAUUCUAUCUCUCAACCACUUGUACUCGCUUUUCACCACACAAGCUUCGUCACCUUCGACAGUCCGUCGGAUUUUCCUAUGUAGGUUUUAAUUCGCUUUCUACGCCAGACGAAAUGGUAUCUUCACCACUCGCUUUGGGUGAGACAUAUAGUUUGUUGUUUCAAGUCAAUGAUUUAGAAGCGAUUAUCUUCUCAAAGCUAGAAGCAAUGUACAAGUAAUGCUAAUAUGGCGAGCUUUGCGGUACCACUAGAAAUUGCACAAAAAGGCAAACCAUUUACAGAUGAUGAGUAUGUCAAAGACUGCUUCCUACGAGCAUCUGAAGAACUGUAUCGUGAUUUCAAUAACGAACCAGAUAUCUUGAAAAAAAAAUCGAAAGGUUUGCCACUACCCACUAAAACAGUACAAGAUAGAAUAGCUCAAUUGUCUUCAAAUGUAACAUAUUUGCAGGUGGGAAAAUUCAACAUUCUUCUGUCUUAUCACUUGCUAUAGAUGAGUCUUGCGAGAUAAAAGACACGGCACAAGUUGCCCAUUUUGUCAGAUAUGUCUUCUAAAAGGCCCAAGAGAAGAGCUUCUAGGAUUGUUACUGCUCUCAUGGCAAACUAAAGGAGAUGAUGUAGCGCAUGCCGUGCAAAAAUACCUUGCAUACAUUAAGCUCGAUUUAAAUAAAAUAUUUUCAAAAGUAACAGAUAGAACCGGAAGAAUGAUAGGAAAAAGUAAAGGGGCAACAACGAUUCUUCAUCGGAGCAAAAUACACCACAAAAUUCUUACGUUUCACUGAAUAAUACAUCAAUAAGCGCUGUGUCCAAAAAUUUCGGCCGAAAUAGUUGAGUUCAUAAAUUUGGUAAUCAAGAUUGUUAACAGCAUCUUGUCAAAAGCACCAUCGUCAGUUAAAUGAAUUCUUAAAGGAAAUGUAGACUCAGUAUUCCGACUUCAUUCUUUCCAAUAAAGUGCGAGGGCUUUCCAUAGGUUGAAACGUUUUUCUUUGUGCUUGAAUGACAUAAAUACAUUUCUAAAUGACAAAGGCAUUAAUCUCCCUAAAUUAGAGAACGAUAAAUGGUUGCUAGGAUUCUACUUUAUGGUGGAUAUAUCAAAGAAAUUAAAUGAGCUGAAUCUAAAACUGCAAGGAAAGUAAAAAUCCAGCUGAUGUUUUGGUGGAAGAAUUGUUUUGGUUUGAAGAAAAAAAAAUCUUUUUGCAGAAGAUAUUUAGAGCGGCUGGUUACUUCAUUUUCAAUGUCUAAAGUAGUAUCACGAUAAAAUCAGUGCAACUUUUGACACGAAUUACUUCAGCACAGUUAUAAAAAAAAUCUGAGAUGAAUUUCUUGACAGAUUUGAGCAGUUCAAAACCAACAAAACUAUUAGGGCAUUCCUGGUACACGAUCUCAACUCAAAUAGUAACGAAAUCCACAUUGAUUCAUUUAGAAUUGAUACUUGAUCUCUAGAAAUGUAAUUGAUUGAUUUAAAAAGUAAAGUUUUGUGGGAUAAAAAAUUUACUGACUUGAAAAUCAAGUUGGAAGAAUUGGAGGUCCAGACAUUUUUGUACGUAACACAACAAAAGUGGACAACUUUAAAAGGAAUGCCGAGAGUUGAUGAGUUGAAUAGUCGUGUUUGAAACUAAAAAACUAGUUAUGAGCCAAAUGUAUCCAAACUUUCUAAAACCAAAGCCAUCGCUCCCAUUGAUUUUGUUUACUAAAUUUUACAAGUUAGUAUUGUAAGUAAAUGUUUAACUGCUUUAGUUGUUUUUUUUAAAUUUAUAAAUAAUUAUCUAAUAUCUAAUUAUCUAAUAAUUAUCUAAUAAUGCCAUUUAUUUAUAUAUAUAUAUAUAUAUAUAUAUAAAUUUAAAUUUAUAAAUAAUUAUCUAAUAAUGCCAUUUAUAUAUAUAUAUAUAUAUAUAUUAUCUAAUUUGUUGCAAAAACACUAAUUAUAAAGGAAUAAAAAGUAUAGUUUUUGUUGUGAGUGUACUUAUUGUGCUUAAAUGUUGUGGCUCUUUAAAACUUUAAAAUUGUGUAAAUUCUAUUUUUUGGCUCUUCCGACUCAAAAGCUUGCCGACCCCUGGUCUAGACUGUCAUCAUAAUGGUCCCGGGUUCCAACCUGCUUUCCUGGGUAACUUUGGGCUAGGUUGUAAUAAUCUUCAUUUCUGAUAGAACAUCUAAAACAUUUAAAACAAAACAAAUAAAUAGAAAAAUCACUUAAUUAAGGGUUUUAUUGUCUUGACAAUAUUGUUCACAUUUUUUUUUUAGCCAUCUUUUUUUAUCAUUUUCUGUAUUGUAUUUUUUCCAUUACUUUCUGUUUUCAUGAUUAUGUCUUUGUUCACCAAAUUAUUUUUGUUUUUCUUCAAAUUAUCUUUUCUUAUCUGUCUUGCAUUUAUGUUCACUCAGUAACCCUCACAUCCACACAAUAUCCCUCACAUCCACACAUUAUCACCCACAUCCUCACAGUAUCCUACACACCCCAUUGUAUUCCUCACACCCACUUAGUAUCCCUCUCAUUCACAAUGUAUUUUUCUUAAUAUUUUUUUUUGUUGUGUUUUAUUGAAAUGUCAACUUGAUUGAACUGAUUUACUAUGUAAAUCACCUCUAGGUUCUCCAUUUUUUUCUGCGGAAUAAUAAUUGUGACAUAGUAAGUAUUUGUACAUUAAUCUUUAUUUUUGUCUCAUACAGACAUUUAAGUUUAGUUAACCUGUAUGAAUUUAAAGGUGUCAUAUCAUCAUCUAUAUUUUAAAAUUAUUUGUAUGCAAAUUAUUUUCUGUAAAUGUCAUUGCUAAAGUAACUUAUUAUUUAUAUUGAAAAUUUGAUAAAUAUACACACGUUGGCACGCUCCGAGGAUAAUCUUUAAUAAUAUUUAUUAAUUUUUAACCAUAUUUUGCAUUUAAUACAUGUUUUAAUAUUAAUCGUGUGGAACAGGCCGUCCUAGCCCAGUUCCGAGUCGGUCACUGUCCAAUUGGUGUUUACUUCGGACGGUGAAGGUAAAACUACGACACACGCCAUUGCAUGGAGGACGAUGAAACAAUAGAACACAUUCUUUAUGAAUGCCGAGUUCUGCAUGAAAUACGAUCAGGACAAGGAUAUGAUAGAGAGAUAACUGGUACAUGUCCGACACUAGGGCUGUCCUUGUACGGGGACAAGGCGACCUUAAAACUCACUGCUCGCUUCCUCUCACAUGCUCUAAGGGAGUAAUUCCAAGCAUGGUUCGUUACUUAAUGGGGUUUCUGGUUUGGUAAAUGUUAGCAUUGUAUCUGUAGAUGAAACUCAAACGCAUGCUUAAAUAUUUAUGUUUCUCAGAUUUCAAUUUAAGAAUAUCUGGACAUAUAUUUUGAUUUACUAGUUUUUAAUGAAAGAAUAAUGUCUGCUCAUUUACUACAAUAUAUUGCAGACUAAGCAACAUUGGCUCACUGGUAGAUCUGCUUGAAAUAAGUCAAGCAACAUAAUACAUUUCCUAAGGAAUUUUAUCAUUUGAAAUAUUUAGCAAUGAUAUUUUAAAAGCUGUCAUUAGUAAAUGUAUUGGGUUACCCAGACAUGUCUAGAUUCAACUUUGUUGCAAUGCCAAGGAGUUAAUUCAAAUGUUAAGGCAAUGAAUGGAUUUCUCUUUUGGGGGGUGGUGGGAUAACAGUGGAGGUUGUUCAUUUGGUUUGUUUCUCUUUUUAUUUUUUAGUCAAACUUUUAGAAACUACUUUAAUGUAUCUUUGCAAAACAAACAUUUGGAAAUCAGAUAUAAAUGAUGCAAGGCACUACAAUUGUAAAACUGGAAUGCAAUAUUUUAAAUGUUUUUUUUUUUUCAAAAUUUAUUGUUUUGAUGACUGAGCUAACUUUAAAAAAAAUCUUUUUUAUCUUUUUUAAAUAAGCUGUGAAAAUUCCUCCUUGUUGCUAAUAGAAAUGUCUUUGAAUGUAAGUUUUUUAUUUUGUGUAUUGUAUACAACUGUCUGGAUUAGUAUGUGUUGUUAGUGUUCUACAUUAUCUCAAAUUGUUUUUCCCCCUCCACCCCUAUUUGUUUUUACAUUUUUAUUAUCAAUAUAUAUAAUAGCACACACACACACAUGCAUGCACAACAUAUGUAAUCAAUAAAGUAAGAAUUGUUUGUGAAAGUAAAACAAAAGUGAUUGCACAUGUACAUUGAUCAUUGGGUUAGUUUGAUUGGUUCUUUCUGCCAAUCUAAAGUGGCAACAAGAAUAUACACCUUCAUCUUUUUGAAUCUGUCUUUUUUUUUCUAACCACCUCUCCUUAGACCUUGCCUACUAAAUGAGCCUUGAAAACAAGUUUUAAACCAACAUGACCUUGCCCUUUAAAUAUGAAGACAAAAAGAUAAUGGUUGAUGAAUAUCAAACCAACAUUAUCUAACUAACUACGGAUGGCUACAUGGUCGUGCGGUUUGGGCGAUGUACUGUCGUUUGAACUUAUCGAUGGUCCCGGGUUCAAACCCUGCCCGCUCCCAUCCCCCAUCGUCCUGCGGGACUUUUUGACUAGGAAGUAAAUUAUUUUCAACUCUGAAGGAACAUCCGAAACAUGCAAAACAUUUACAAACUACACCUAUCUCUCUGAAAUAUAGUUAUUUGAUCUUAUUCAGUCUCGUAGAACGCACUAUGAUUCAUCUCGUAGGACAAUGUCCCAUGUGACUGUUGUGCCAUAUACUCGAGAGGCACUCCUGUCCGGAUAAAGCAACUGUUAAAUGGCAUAUAGUUUGGUGGAUGACAGCCAGCCAUUUUUUCUUUGGCGCGCUUUUCUUCCAGGCAUGAGUCCAAUGAUUUUCCGAUGUCCAAGGCUUUCUUGGUCACCAUCUCUCUCCACUUAAUGCGGUCUAGUGCUAUGUCCCUCCAGUAUUCUACACCAACGACCAGUGCUUUGAGGUCCUGUUUGAUUAUAUCUUCAAACAGUACAGAACAUUGCAUCCAUAGAACUUUGAACUCUUUUAUUGAAGUUUUUUUUUUGUAACUGUAUCCGAUUGAUGUAAACUAAAAAUGAAUUCCAUUUUCCAUUGUUAAUAUAUAAAAUUGUUCUGUGUUUUUAAAUAUUUCAACUAACAGCAUUGUCUCCAAAAAGCAUCGAUUAUAUUUAAACUUUAGCAUUAAUGAAUUCAUGAAUAUUCAUCUAUUUAUGUUUCUCGACAUUUGUACACCAUUCAAUUAGAAUAUAACAAUUUGUGUCAGAGAUUAUAUUCAAGGUAUGUGUGUCAGAGAUAACAAUAUUAAUUUUGUAUUAGAAAUUAUUUUACAAAGUUUGUGUCGGGGAUUUGGUUUUAAUGUUUGAUUGCCUCCUGGAUGAUAAACUGUGUUAUAAUAUAUAAAAUGGGCCUAUAUGUAUGAUUUUUUAGCGCUCCUCUGUAAUCGAAUGUUCUUGAGUAGACAAAUUACAAUACGAUCACCAUGUAUCAGUUUAAUAAAAGGUUCUUCUUAUUGGGAACUUUGAUAAUUUAGAACUACAAUGCCCAGUUCGUUUUGUUUUUAAAUACGAGUUAGUAGUAUUUCGCCCAUCAACAUCAUAUAAAUUUAUUUAUUAUAAUUAGGACAUAAACAUUAUUGCGUUAGUUUCAAAUAUAUUUGUUUAUAAUGGACACAUUUGAAUGAGUUUCAAUUUUAUUCUGUUGUAUUUAUUUAUAGCAUUGUAAAGUAUAAGCUAGACUGUCGGUAGAAUCAGCUGGUCUACUAAAGAAACCUCUACAGUGUAAUCCUACUGAGUUGAUCAUUAUAGUUUGUUCAAUGGAUGUGUUUGUUAUUUACAAACUCCUACAUAGUUGUGAUGUUUGAAUGCCUUAUACACAGUUAUAUUUCUUCUUUGUUGAUGUAUUUAUAAUGCGAUUGGAAACAUAACAUAAAUUGUAUCAAAUACAAUGAAGACUUA